AUAAAAAUAAAUCCUGUUGCAUAUAUUCUUUUAUUCCAUCAAUAUUCAUUUUCCACAAUCUUAAUCUCUGUAAAAUCAAACAUGGCAUCAGCAGUUGAAUAUGCGGCAGCAAAACAGAAAGAAGAGGAUGAGAAAAAGCUAAAUGAAUGGCUGCCAAUCACGUCGUCUAGAAACGGAAAGUGGUGGUACUCCGCUUUUCAUAAUGUUACUGCCAUGGUUGGAGCUGGAAUUCUCGGCCUCCCCUUCGCCAUGUCUGAACUCGGAUGGGGGGUCGGGGUGAGUCUCAUGGUUUUAUCAUGGGUGGUUACUCUCUACACCUUAUGGCAAAUGGUGGAGAUGCAUGAGUGUGUUCCUGGUAAGCGAUUUGAUCGUUACCACGAGCUCGGCCAAGAAGCCUUUGGGGAGAAGCUUGGCCUUUGGAUAGUGGUACCCCUACAACUCACAGUCGAAGUUGGGCUUUGCAUCAUUUACAUGAUUACGGGCGGUAAAUCCAUCGAGAAAGCCGUCGCUGUAUUAUCUGAUGACGGUGGCCCACCUAUCAAACUCACUUAUUACAUCAUGAUGUUCGCCUCCAUCCAAUUUUUCCUCUCCCACCUCCCAAACUUCAACUCCAUCACAGGCAUCUCACUUCUUGCUGCCAUCAUGUCUGUCUGUUAUUCUACAAUUGCAUGGACGGCUUCUUUAAAAAAAGGUGUUCUGCCCGAUGUCGAGUACCGCUCAAGGGAAUCUACCACGCCAGGCAAGACGUUUGCAUUCUUAAGUGCGUUAGGGGACGUAGCCUUUGCGUUUGCUGGCCAUAAUGUUGUGUUGGAGAUCCAAGCAACCAUCCCUUCAACACCCGAAACCCCGUCUAAGAAACCCAUGUGGAAAGGGGUUAUUUUUGCAUACAUUGUGGUUGCUUUGUGUUAUUUUCCCGUGGCAUGGAUCGGGUAUUUGGUAUUUGGCAACACCGUUGAUGACAAUAUUCUCCUUUCCCUCCAACGCCCUCAAGCUCUUAUUGCUACCGCAAACAUUUUUGUGUUUAUUCAUGUUAUCGGAAGCUAUCAGGUCUUUGCAAUGCCGGUAUUUGAUAUGGUGGAGUACUUUUUGGUGAUAAGGUUGAAAUUUAAACCAUCUAAAGCCUUAAGAUUCGUGACAAGAACUCUUUUUGUUGCGUUCACUAUGUUCAUUGGCAUGACAUUUCCAUUUUUUGGAAGUAUUUUGGGUUUGUUAGGAGGCCUUGUUUUUGCUCCAACUUCAUACUAUCUUCCUUGUAUCAUCUGGCUAAUCUUGAAAAAGCCCAAGAAGUAUGGUCUUGAUUGGUGUACCAACUGGGCGUGUAUAAUUUUCGGGGCAACAUUGACGUUGUUAGCUCCAAUCGGCGCAAUGCGACAAUUCAUAUUGCAAGCAUCGGACUAUAAAUUUUACCAGUAAUCACAUGAGUAAAUAUAUUUUUGAGUUUUGCUUUUUUUCCUUCUUAUUAUCUUACUAUAUGGAGUUGGGCUCGUAUUAUUUUCAGAGUUCGCUUCGAUAUUUCCAUCAUUAUAUAAGUUCUUAAUAUGCUCUAUGCGCUAUAGCCCCUAUUGGAUAUGUAUUAGAUCUUUUAGUUAGUUAGUCAUAAACCUGUAUAACUUUGCCUUUAAUCCUGUUUGAACCUUUUACUGAUAGGAAAUGUUACAUUUAUGUAAAAAGAUGGUUUAUAUGGUCGAUCAAGAUCGACAUAUGGAUGUUUGUAUAUUUGUAUGUACAAUGUAACACGUUUUUUUGCCGUAAA